CUCUUUGCAGGAGCUGGGGAGUCAGGGAAAAGCACAAUUGUCAAACAAAUGAAAAUUAUCCAUGAAGCUGGCUACUCAGAAGAGGAAUGUAAACAGUACAAAGCUGUGGUAUACAGUAACACCAUACAGUCCAUUAUUGCCAUUAUUAGAGCUAUGGGCAGAUUGAAGAUCGAUUUUGGUGAUCCAGCCAGAGCUGAUGAUGCUCGUCAACUUUUUGUACUGGCUGGAGCUGCAGAAGAAGGCUUUAUGACUGCUGAGCUGGCUGGAGUCAUCAAACGCUUAUGGAAGGAUGGUGGGGUACAGGCCUGCUUCAACAGAUCAAGGGAAUAUCAGUUGAAUGAUUCUGCAGCAUAUUACCUCAAUGAUUUGGACAGAAUAGCACAGAACAGCUACAUACCCACUCAGCAGGAUGUUCUCAGAACUAGAGUAAAAACUACCGGUAUAGUGGAAACGCAUUUCACAUUCAAAGACCUUCAUUUCAAGAUGUUUGAUGUUGGCGGUCAAAGAUCUGAAAGGAAAAAGUGGAUUCAUUGCUUUGAGGGAGUUACAGCAAUCAUUUUCUGCGUGGCCCUGAGUGAUUAUGACUUGGUUCUGGCUGAAGAUGAAGAGAUGAACCGAAUGCACGAAAGCAUGAAAUUAUUUGACAGCAUCUGCAAUAAUAAGUGGUUUACAGACACCUCCAUUAUUCUUUUCCUAAUAAGAAGGAUCUGUUCGAGGAGAAAAUUAAGAGGAGUCCUCUGACAAUCUGCUAUCCUGAAUAUGCAGGUUCGAACACUUACGAAGAAGCAGCUGCAUAUAUUCAGUGUCAGUUUGAAGACCUUAACAAAAGAAAGGACACAAAGGAAAUUUAUACCCAUUUUACGUGUGCAACAGAUACCAAGAACGUGCAGUUUGUAUUUGAUGCAGUAACUGAUGUCAUCAUAAAAAACAAUCUCAAAGACUGUGGCCUUUUCUAA